CACGAAUGCUGUUGUUUAUAAGGCUACACGAAUGCAAUUGUUUAUAGGGCUACCAUUGUACCCAGCGGCCAAGUCAGUUAAUAUGAUCCAUGAAGAGGAUCACUGUGGUGUAUUCUAUGAUACGUAGCGACACUGACCUAGAGAGUUGGUUAUAGUGAAGUACAAGGAUGGCGGAAGGGCGGUGUGCAUCGUUUUCCAGAUACAUGUUGAUUAUUUUCAACUUUGUAUUUUGGAUAUCCGGAGGCGCGGUUCUGGGGAUGGGUAUCUUCGUGCUGGUGUCUGACAAGGUGGAGAACCUGUUGCAGUCUCUGAUCGACCUGAACGUGCCGCUCGACUUCCUCUACACGACCGCCUACAUCAUGGUGACCGUCGGCGCGUUCGUCUUCUUCGCCGGCUUCUGCGGCUGCUGCGGUGCUGUCAGGGAGAGCGCCUUCAUGCUGGUCGUCUAUAUGUUCUGCAUGGCGCUCGUUAUGUGCGGAGAGUUGGCAGCUGGUAUAUUUGUAGCCGUAAAAAAAGGAGACCUGGAAAUAAACAUACACACCAUAAUGGAGAAUUCUGUGCGAAACUACACCGGGUUCGGUAACUCCACGGCUGACUUCCUACAGAUCGAGUUUCAUUGUUGUGGAACUGACAAUUAUACAGAUUAUAGAAACAGCAAUUGGUUUCUGGAUCAGCAACCACCGAAGGCAAAUCCUCCUAAAUUGUCAGGAUUAAGCUUUAGGCCCAAAACACACCGAGCAGGGCCUGGCUCUGGCUCUAGAUCUGGGGUUGAAUCUGGGUCUGUUGAGUCUAGCAGUCAAAAUAUAGCGUGGGUUCUAUGUCGUCUGCUGCCAGAGCUGUAG